UAACAAAUGUGAGGAGCCGGAAGUGGUGGUCUGCUGAUGAUUGGAGAAUGUCGGUGGGUGUUCUAAUAUUUUCCUUGCCGUCAUUGGGUUUCCUUUCUGCCGCUCAGAGCUGCUGCUACCUCGGCUCCAGACACUUCCUGCUCCGAGUCACUUCUCGCAAAGGGGCACAGGAUGAGGAACAGAGAUGUUUGGGAGGGAACGUGACUCCUGGGGCUUCACUUAAGGACAUUAAGAUGACAUAAAUCAAGGCCUUACCUGGAACUGUUCUCUUGUGUAUUUGCUUUGUUCUUCUUUGUUUAGUUUGCUGAUUUUUUUUUUUCUUGUUCAGUUUUUGUGUCACUUGGAGAAGUGCUUUCCACAGCGAAUCUUUAUUUAACACACUACUGUCCCGAGAACGUGGUUUUGUCACGCCUCCUGUCAGCGUUGUACGUAUCUCUGAGAUUUCAGAUAGCAAUAGAAGUUUCAAAGGUCUUGGAAAAGCUGCACUUAUCAUAUCUUUGAGGCGUUCAUCACACCGCAGGCUGCUCUCAUCAUGCAACAAACUUUAAAGAAUCGCUGCACAUUAGUUGAAUGAUCCUGGCCUCCUUUCAGAGAGAAGACUGGCAGACAUUGUCCACGUUAAAAGCGAGGAUGCGCUCCUUAGAACCAACCUCACCUUCUCCAGCAGAAGCCCUCCUUCAUGGUCAGUUUGCCAGCUGGGAAUCCAGCAGUAACAAUAAGAGCAGCAGCUGCCCGGACAGCCCUGGAGGUGGAGGGCUGUCCCCCACCGCCUCCCCAGCUCCGGCACCAGCCUCCAACUAUGCCUUGACCCUCACCCAUACCCACAUACACAUUCAGCGCCUCUCGCCGCGGCCUGGGAAGGAAGCCCGUCUCCUGCUGCCCUUGUCUGAACUGGUUGGGUGCAGCUGUCCUCGUUCUCCCGCACCGCCGCUGCUUGUUCUGUACUGGUACCCGCCAGGAAAACGACGGAAGGGGGUGUCCAGACGGCGGCAGGUGAGGGCCUACCUGGCAGAAAGCAGGCCUGAAGCUGAGAGGUGGUCGGCCGCUGUUCAGUGUUUGCUCAGAGAAGUGCCCGUCGCUGCUAACACAGAGUUUUCAAGAAGUCUGCUACCUCGUUCCAGGCGACUACUGUUAUUGGUCAAUCCGUUCAGCGGAAGAGGCCAAGCAAUGCAGUGGUGUCAGACCCACAUCCUGCCAAUGAUUAGGGAGGCCAACAUCAGCUACAACCUCAUACGAACAGAACGUCAGAACCAUGCAAGGGAGCUUAUUAGAGAGAUCCCGCUCCAAGAGUGGGACGGCAUCGUCAUUGUUUCUGGAGAUGGCCUACUGCAUGAGGUCAUUAAUGGUCUGAUGGAGCGCCCAGACUGGGAACAAGCAAUAAAAACACCUGUUAGCAUUCUGCCCUGCGGUUCUGGUAAUGCUCUGGCUGGCUCCAUCAAUCACUACGCAGGGUAUGACAUGUGCCUUCGAGAGCCUCUCCUUUUGAACUGCUGCUUUUUGCUCUGUAGAGGUGGUGUUCAACCCAUGGACCUGGUCUCUGUAACAACAAGCCCCGCUCCCUCCAAAAACAACCAUUCUGCAUCUGCCAGGAGACUGUUUUCCUUCCUUUCUGUUGCCUGGGGUUUUGUGUCUGAUGUUGACAUCGAAAGUGAGAGGUAUCGUGGCUUGGGCUCAGUGCGCUUCACUUUGGGAACGUUGGUGCGCAUAGCUUCACUUCGAUCCUACAAGGGUCGUCUGUCCUACCUACCUCCUUCUGUUGUUGCCACAUCUUCAAAUGGGACACCUCCACCCAGGAGACCCCUCUCACGCAGCAUCACUGAAGGCCUGGAGGGCGUCUGCAAAAUGCCUAUCCAUCGCACUUGCUCUGACAUGGGGAUUAGUGAGCAGAGGAGCCUCUUGCGCAGGAGUGAUGGUGAGAGGGAGAAAGAGGAGAGACAGAGAGAGAGGACAAGGAGAAGACAGAAAGGUAGGGGAAAAGGAACGGGUGUGGUGAGGGCUAGCAGCCUGGCAGAAGACAGAGAGAGGGAGAUGGAGAUUGAGGCUGAGGAGAAGUCCGGAACCUGUUCGGAGAAGUCCGGAACGAGUUCCGAGUCAAAUGAAAGGGAUGAAUCCAAUAUGGGAAAAGAGGAGAGGUUGGCAGGCAUUAAGGAUGAAAGGGAAGAUGAGGAAACAUCAGAGCAAGACUCUUGCGAAAUGUUGGAGGAUGACGAUAGUAGGGAUGAGGAAGGCAGUGGUGGUUCUCUAGAAGCGGACGGAGUGUUGCGUGCCAGGGAAUUGGGGGAUAGCUAUGGAGUGGACAUGGGAAGAGAGGCACAAGAAGAACCUGAAGAUGGCAUCACUUGCCAAGAUGGUCUUCAGAAUGGCAGAGAAUUGGUAAGAAAGAACUCUGCUCCUUCAAGCCAGAUAGCUAAUGCUCUGCUGACCCAGCCUCUCAGCCAAGAAGCUAGUACAGAUUCUGGCAUUUCAUGUGGCAUGGAGGACAUGGAUCUGAAUGAAACCUACUUCCAAAAACAGUCUUACCCUCUGGAAAUGACUCGGGAGCGAUCUCUCACCAUCUCCUCUCCCUUCCGUCAUGCUCCCUUCUCCUACAAGCAGAAAGCUCUGGACCAAAACCAAAAUGCCUCCCGUCCAAGGCCCCACUCACUCCUCCAGCAAUCCAACUCCAACUCCCUUCCCCCUAAAAUGACUCCCCCUUCCUUUUCUCCCACACCACCCUCUUCCCCUUCCUGUGCAUCCCCACACUCAUCAUCCUACCUCGCCCCCCGUCCAAACACCCCUAAUUCCACCUUGAGCUCUCCCUCAUUCCAUUCGCCGUCCUCGUCUUUUAACUUUGACAUUACCGAACCAGCAGGACCUCUAAAGAACCGUCCGUUCGUCUCACUGCCUUUUGAUAUACUGAGAGACGACUUGUUACCACCACUCGACCAGCCACUCCCCACUAGAGACUGGGUCACCAUUGAAGGGGACUUUGUGUUAGUCUUGGCCCUUUAUCAGACCCACCUCGGGGCUGACCUCCAUGCUGCACCUCAGGCUAGAUUUGAUGAUGGCCUAAUCCACCUGACCUUUGUCCGGGCAGGCAUCUCCAGAGCCACCCUACUCAGACUGUUCUUUGCCAUGGAAAAAGGAACCCACCACUCAGUCAGCUCGCCGUACGUGAGCCACGUAACCUGCAAGGCCUUCAGGCUGCAGCCUCUGUCUACACGAGGGACACUCACUGUGGAUGGAGAACUUGUGCCCUAUGGGCCACUCCAGGCGCAGGUUCAUCCCUCCAUGGCCCGUCUCAUUGUUGGAGACACUGGAGUAAAGAUUACCAGACUUUAAUAAGGGAUUAUUGAGCUUAUAUAUAUAUAUAUAUAUAUAUUGACAUAUCAACACUCUAACAAAUUAUUUUAUCUCUGUUGCCAUUAUGCUCUCAGAGGGAGAAAGAUAGAGUGGGGUGUUUGAAACACUAGUCUUGCCUGCAGGAAGCAGGUUUUGUAAGGAAUAAUGAAAGGAAUAACACACCAAGCCAUGCGCCAUUGUAGAAUGGCUGCAGGGAUUAAUACAAAAUUUUUAAAAAUUGUUUUACAAACGCGCUUCGUUGCACAAGUGUUGGAUCUUGCACAGCGUACGGUCAAAAGGGGAAUCGCACAGCCUAGGAUUAGAAGAGUGAAUACAAAUACCAGUUGAAUGUUUUGUGGGUUUUUUGAGCAGAUCGUGCAUGAGGUGAAUGUGUACAUGUUAGUAUGCAUGCAGAGAAACACUAACUGAUUUACGCCUUACACUGAGACAAUGAGAAAUAAGAUUAAUAUUGAAGAAAACAUUUUCUGGGGCAUUUAAAAUACACGGAAAUGAUCCGUGAUCCCUUAUCUGGACUCCUGCCUCCACCAGUGUUCAACUGUUAAAGGACAAAGACUUUGGUCCUUGAAAAUAAUGCCUUAUCUGCCAUUGAACAGCUGAGCUGUACCGUUGCUCCUUCUCUUUUGUAAUAAGCCUAAAAUGUUUUAUAAGAAGAGUUCAGGAUUGUUUCAAGUAAGGUUCUGUUAAACGGAUAUAGGCAGGUAAUUUCUUACUGGUAGAAGACAAAUGCCCAUGCGUCUUUAGCAUAAAACUAAUUGCUAGUCCAGUUUCAAGGUGCGCCUCUACUGUAUUAAAAAACCUUGCAACACAAAAUGUAAAAAAGAUUAAUGAGAAAGCUUUUUUUAUAAGCCUUUAAACUGUCAUCAUCUUUGCUUCAGAUUGUUAUAUGAAUGCAUGAUUAUUCACACAGUAAAUCAAGCCUGGGGGGUGGUGCACCAGCAAUUUGUUCCUAUUCCUGGGACAUUUAAAGUAUUUCUGAUCAGAGAAACUUUGUGAAACAAAAGUAAAGUGGCUUAAACAAUAAACAGGAGUAUUAUAGUGGUUUAAGUGAAUGCUAUCAGACAGUUACUAUUACUGGAAACACUUUAAUAUGUUCUGUUCUAAAUACGUGUUUCAUACAGGAACAUUAUUGAAGAUGCGCCCUCUUCUGGCUCAAAUUUUUGUAAUUGUUGCUUUUUGUGCAAAUUCCUUUCCAAUGCAAGAAUGACAACAGUUUAGAGGCUGAUGAAAACAAAGCACAUUAACCGCUAUGACAUAUUUCUAAUCUGAUUUUAAAAAGAAGUCCACUUUGGUCCCUGUUCAUCUCGGGCUACCAGCCUCAGCCUUUAGGCCUAACUAAUCUGGGCUCAUACUAAAUGAAGAUACUAGUUAUCUACUGAAAGUAAGAUAUUGGCAAUUUAUAAACCGUUCGCAUAAUCUCACCUCAAAAAUCCGGAGUAAUCCCUUUAUUCUCUCCAACUAGGAUAUAAAAAUGUAAUCCUAUGUUUACACAUUUCCUUAGCUCCAGCUAUUGACUCCAUCACUAACUGAAGAAAAAGCGUGGCAACACAUCACAUCCUUUUGCUACAAAAGCAACAACAAAAACAGAACUUUUCUGGAUUGAAUGUUAACCGUUACUGACAUUUGCAUUCUGCCUGCUUGUUUUAGCCAGUGGAUGCACGCUGCUGAUGAUGUCAGUGAUAUCGGUCGUUGCAUCAUGUUGAACAUAAAAAUGACUGAACAGCAGUAGCUGUUUUCUCGCUGCUUUGAGACACUUUGUUGUAAAACAUAAUCACUGCCCUAGGCCUCAGCUCAGUCUAAGAACAAAUACCUGUAGUUAUCUCGGAAAUGGCGCACAGAAGCAGAAUUUGAAGCAGCACAGAAUAAUGCAGUAGGAUGCAUAUUGACAAUUAAAUACUAACUACAAGGUAGAAAAUCAAAAAAUGCUUCAUGGAGCUGACGUGCCAGCAUUUGUUGCCUAGUGCAGUAUUGAAGGACUGAAUCAUAUUGCUUUAAUGAAUAGUUGCAGUUUGAACACUUAAAGGGUAUGAAAGGUACAACUGAUGGCUUAAAAAACAUUGAGGAGACAACACUAAAAUGAAGCAAUGCUCUAUUGGUGGGUCAAAUUAUUGAUCAUGAGGUAACUGGGAAAGAAAUACCAGCUUAAACUUAAUAAAAUAAACCAGCUGACAAAGCAAGCUGUUAAUUGUUUUUUUUUUUCAUUUAAAAGUUGCUGACAACUAUAACUGUUUGAGCUGAUAAAUAAAAUGAAACACUAAGUAUUGCGCCUGAAUUGUCUUAUAGAACCUAAUUUUCUUACUGUAGAACCUUCUGACUCGGUCUGAACUGAAGAUGAAUCAUUCGCAUGUGCAAUACAUCAAUCAAAACGUGCCAACUGCUUGGAUCACCAUCAGCAUACUGUAUUUUUUAAUCAAUGCCUUUGUAUGAUAAGCCUGUAAAUAACAGCUUUGAGGAUGCACUAUUUGCUUACCAAGAGGUUUAUUUUUGUUUGCAUUUUUUCCCCUUUUUGAGUGCCAGUAGUUCACCAUUUUUUACUCUGAGCUGGAAAAUAUAGAGUUUGAACAGAAAUAUGCCAAAAUGUUUACUCUCGAUGUUGAGGAGCCUAGUUAUGAUGUUUUACUUUCUUUGAGCAGCAGCGUUUCCUGUGGCCAUAGCUGGGACCAUAGUGUUUUCUAGACCAAUUUGAUAGGACAGCGCUGGAGUGUAACUCCUGAGUUGAUAAUGCCAUAAAAUUGUCCUUAGUGGGUCGCUUGUAAUGAAAUGGUAAAAUUACUAAAUCAGUGAAAAUAUAUACAUAUACAGUGUACAGAAAAUGGUUUCAAAUAAAUGUAACUUCAUA